AUGCCUCGCCCCUCGAACACCGUCCCCGCCGCCAGCGGCGUCGACGCGCCCCUGCCCCCGCCACCCCCUUACUCUGGCAUCGACAUUAACCAGCCCACCCCUCCCACCGUUAACCGUCCCCGUCUGCCAGAGGACAAGCGCAACCCCUACCUCCCUGACCUUACCGAGGACGCGACUAUUGUCAAGUUCCAGACUAUUGUUCGCGAGCAAAAGGAGAUUGUCAUCGGCCGCAUCAAGGUCCAGACUCCCGGCCGCAGCACACACGCGUUCAUCCUCCGCCGCUAUGACACCAACGCUGUUUCGCUCACGACCAUGUACAAGGUCGCGUUCCCGGGGUCUUCGGACGAAGACGAGAAGCGCGAGAUGGACUGGGUUCGUUCGUCCUAUGACACUCGCGACACUAACGGCGGCUCCGAGUCGGAUGCUGUCCGUCUUGCCGGCCAGUGGGUUCCCCGCAACCUCGCUAUCCACCUGGCGCCCGCCUACGGCAUUGCCGACCUGGUCCUCGCCCUUUCGCGCGCCGAGCCCGACCCCAGCGUCUCGUACCGCAAGUCGCAGCGCUCCCAGCAGGCUGCCGACGAGCUGGCUCGUAGCCGCGGCACCCCUGUCGCCAGCACGGAGGCCACUCGUACUCGUGCUGCCCCUUCGAUGACUGCUCCCGACGCCGCUGCCCCUCCUUCCAAGCGUGCCCGCCGUACCGCCGCCACCGAGGCCGCCAUUCCCCCCGCCGCCCCUGCCCCCGCCGAGGAGCCUACGCACCUCACCCUCGAGGCCACCACCACAGUUACUGCUCCCGUCGGUGCCAACAUUGACAUGAACGCGGAGAUUGAGUCCGCAAAGCAGCUCGUGCGUGACCUGAAGCGUGAGCUCCAGAUGCGCACGACUGCUGGCGACGAGGUCGAGGAGACUGGCGGUGCGCAGGCCGAGGGCAGCCGUGGUGCCAAGCGCGGACAGGAGGAGGAGGGUGCCACCCUCCCUAGCGGCUCGACGCGCAAGGAGCGCGUCAUCAAGACCAACAAGCGCGUUGAGGGCACAACGGUCGUCAAGGUGGUCCGCAACACGGCCUAUGGUGCCAUGAUCUUUGGUCUUGGUGUCGGUGCUGCCUUCCUCCCGCGUGUGUUUGAGAUGGCUGCCAACUACCUUUAA